AUGGACGAAGCCUUCAUGGUACAGAAGAGGGCGAAGGCAAGCGAUUUUGGGACGACAGGGAAGAAUGGAACUCGCAAGCUUGCGAUGACUUUUGAAGGUGGUGGUUUCAAGGCGCACUCAGCUUUCACAGGUGUGAUGAGCGGAUUGUUGGGUGCUUCCGGACUCGGCGUGGAGAAGUUGCUCCAUGCAGUGGAGGUCUUGGUGUCCAUAAGCGGAGGAACGUGGUUUGCAGCCCAGCUGAUCUACUCUCCCGCGUUUCUCUCCCUGGUGGAAGAGAUGGGUAAGAAGCCCGAAGAUGCCGGAAAGCUGUUUUGGAAGUCCUGGGUGGUGCCCUUCUUGGAAUCCAUGGUCACCAUAAAGAGCACGGGUUCUUCGAGCCCCUGGGAUCCUCCGAAGCCAAGCAAAGUUCCACAGACGGUGUUGAAGAACGACCGUUUCCACGAGUUGCCUGGGAGAGAGGGCAAGCCCGGGAUUUGGAUAGAUUUCGUUCAGAUUCUCUUCGAGGUCAUCUAUGCCUUCAUCCAUGAGCACGGGAACUGGGAGGACUUUGUUGGAAAGAUCUUGAACACCAUGCGAGACGUGUCCAGCCAAGCUACAUUGGGCAGCAAAACCAAUCCUUGGGCCAGCAGCAAGACUUGGCUGGUGUCCGUGUCUGUCGCCAGUGCCGGAAACGGCACUGGUCCAGGGUCUUGUGCAAGCUCCGGUUUCCGACCACUCUGUAUAGCCAAAGCAUAUCACGGGGGUCCCUCUGUAGGAGUGUACCGGAACGGCACCUUCGGCGUGACCUAUUCCUGCCCCAGUUCUCGGAGUCGGGCCAUGUCCUCCUGGGCACCCGCCGCGUUCAGCGUGAAGUUGGGCGUGCCAGAAGCACCCAGUGCCACUUUCUGCCAUGAUUGCCAGGACCUGGAGAUCCGGUAUACCGGAGUGACACGAACAAAAGGAGACCCAUCGGCAACAUCGCGCAAGGGCGACCUCUAUGCCUUCGGCACGGGCACUCCUGUGAUCCAGGCCGUGGCAGCUUCGUCUGCCUUCCUAGGGCCCCUUUCAGCCAUCCCCUUGAACAAGGAAGGCUUCGCUGAAAAUAUCGCGAGGGCGGUAAAAGGCUUCUUGGAGGGCUUCAAGGGCAUCCCGGAUUGGUUUGCAGACUUCCUCUCCAAAGGCUUGCAAAAUGCCUUGGACAUCAACUGGAUCGUCUGGGCUCAAAGCGCUGACAGUGACAAGGCUUCCUUCCAGGAUGCCGUGAAGGCCCUGAGGUUCCUGGACAAAUCUGGCGGUGAAGUCGGCCAGCAGGAGCUGGACAUGCUAGCAAAGAAGAGCUUCUUUGGCAUCGCUGAUGGGGGUGUGGGGGACAACUCCGGUAUCGGCCACUCCCUCGCCGCUGGCGCAGAUGAGAUCAUCGUCUUCGCAGACAUGCCAACGAGUGUCUCGCAAACGGGGAAGCAAAAGGGAUCCCGGCAGAUCUUCGAUGUGCCUUUGGUUGACUUGUGCCCUCUUUGCUACGCAAACUUCCAACUCUUCGAGGAGUCGAAGGAGGAGAUCGAUACGCAGUGGGAGAAGCAACAGACCCUCUUCUACCUCCCGCCGGAGACCACAACCCUGAACUCUUUGAGCAUAGGGAGCUUGCAGCUCACCACUGCUCAGAAUGACUACUUUGGCACUUCAGGAGGUCGCUCGGUUAAGGUGCAUGUCAUCAGUGUCUUGUCGGGCCUUGGGAUUGGUGGCAAGGCCUACGAGGACUACGCCACUUUCUUGAAGGAUAUCAUUGGAGCUUUUGCCCGCUCCGAUAACCAGGACAAAGUUCAAGAGAUCCUGAACUGGCUCCAGUAG